AUGGCGCGACCCGCGCCCGAGAGCCUGACCCGAAUCUUGGGGCUGGAGCGGCGAAUGCGCGCUCAGCUGCGGCGGAGCCUGGAGAAGCUGAAGGCGCUGGUGCCGCCGGGCCCGGCCGCGGGCAGACCCACCACGCUCAGCCUGCUCACCUGCGCCCAGCUGCACAUCAAGCGGCACCUGCGGCGGCAGCUGGAGAAGCUGGGGCUGGAGCGGGUGCGUGCGGACAGCGUGGGAUCCACCGUGUGCUCCGAGCGCUCCGACUCGGACAGGG